UAUUUGCCGAUGGACUCUUGGUGGUGAGCAGCGAGCGAGAGAUAGAGAGGGUGAAACUACAUAUGCAUAUACAAAUACAUGUAGCUAGCGGCGUAGUACUGGAUACUGUGCCAUACGGAGUAUAGUAUAUAUACUCGCUGUAUUAGCAGUAGAGGCGGCCGUGCAGCGAUCGGUCGACGAUGGUUGUUGCCGCCAUGAGAGACGAGGGAGAGGAGGGACGACGACGGGCGGUGGUGGCGAUACGGGACUACGAUCCCAAGACGGACCGCGACGGCACGGAGGCCGUCGAGCGGGAGUGCGAGGUCGGCCCGGCCGCCGCCGCCGGCGGGAUGUCGCUGCACGCCGACCUGCUCGGCGACCCCGUCGCGCGCAUCCGCCACUCGCCGCACUACCUCAUGCUGGUAGCUGAGACGUCCGGGCCGGACGGCCGGAUCGUCGCCCUCGUCCGGGGAACCGUCAAGUCUGUCGCCUCCGGCAAGAGCCGCCCUGGCGCGCCCGCCUUCGCCAGAGUCGGCUACAUUCUUGGCCUCCGCGUCGCGCCUUCCCACAGGCGGAUGGGCAUCGCGCGGCAGCUGGUGCAUCGGCUGGAGCAGUGGUUCGAGCUGAUGGGCGCCGAGUACGCGUACAUGGCCACCGACAGGUCCAACGAGGCGUCGCUGCGGCUCUUCACCGGCCGCUGCGGCUACUCCAAGUUCCGGACGCCGUCGCUGCUGGUGCACCCGGUGCACUCGCACCGCCUCAGGCCGCCCCCGCGCGCCACGGUGGUCCGCCUGGGCGCCCGCGACGCCGAGCGGCUGUACCGCAGCCGGCUCGCGCACGUCGAGUUCUUCCCCGCCGACAUCGGCGCCGUCCUGGGCAACGCGCUCUCCCGCGGCACGUUCCUGGCCACCGUGGGCGGCUACGAGUGGGGCGGCGUCGACCGCUUCCUGGCGUGCCCGCCGGCGUCGUGGGCCGUGGCCAGCGCGUGGGACUGCGGCGGCGUGUUCCGGCUCCAGGUGCGCGGCGCGUCGCGCCUGCGCCGCGCCGCCGCGGCCGCCACCCGCGCGCUGGACCGCGCCGCCAAGUGGCUGCGCGUGCCGUCCGUGCCCGACUUCUUCCGCCCCUUCGCGGGCUGGUUCGUCUACGGCCUCGCCGGGAGCGGCGGCCGCGACGCCGCGAUGGCCGCCGAGGCGGUCUUCGCGUCCAUCGUCAACAUGGCGCGCGGCAGGGCGGCCGCCGUGGCGGUGGAGGUUGCGGCCAUGGACCCCCUCCGCGGGCGCAUCCCGCACUGGCGCCGACUGUCGUGCACCGAGGACCUGUGGUGCAUGAAGCGGCUCGGCGCUGGUGGUGGCGGCCACGCGGACGGAUGGGACUGGGCCAGGUCGGCCCCUGGUCGAUCCAUCUUCGUGGACCCUAGGGAGGUGUGAGGGUGACUCGGCGGCCGCUUCAGAGCAGAGCUCUAGUGCUCUGUUUUUCUUUCUUUCUUUUUUGCCACUGAGCUUCAUUCUCUCUUUUUUUUUCCCCUAACACUUCCAAAUUUUGCGACCCUUCAGUUUUGUUCUGGUUCUGGUAGACGAGAUACUGUCUUUUUUCUUUUGUAGAAUCACCAGGGAGUACGACGAUGGAAAAUCUAUGAUGUAGAUACAUUUCCCUUGA